UUGAUAGCAGCAGCUUUUGCUUCAGUUAAUCCAGUCCACCGUUUCAGCUUCUCUUUUUCUUUUUAUAGGUCCAAAAAAUUCGAAUCUUUUAUCGAAACAGUAUUAGUAAAAGACUAUCAUCAGCGGCCCUACACGGAUCAGCUUCUCAGGCAUCCAUUUAUUCGUGAACAGCCGCCUGAACGGCAAACACGCAUUGCAAUCAAGGACCAUCAGGACAGGCAUCGUAGAAUAAUCAAUAAAAAAGAUGAAACGGAAUACGAAUAUUCGGGCAGCGACGAUGACGAUAAUCAUGGCCAAGGUGGUAAACCCCUGGAUCUCGCCGCAGGUACUUUUGUAUCUUGA